AUUGGUGUGAAAAAGUCAACCUGAGAAAUCGGAGCAUAUCAACUCGCCAUGGUCACCAUGGUGUUCACUACAAAUUGUGUAGAGAAACCGGUCCGGUCUUGUCUGGAAAGCCUCGGCAGAUUCAUCGGACGGCAUCCAUGGUGGUUCAUCGUCAUCCCUAUCAGUCUGUCUUCAGCUCUCGGGGUCGGUUUCUACUUUGUUGAGGACAGGAAGUCUAACGAUAUCGUGAAGCAGUUCACACCACGUGAUGGCCAGGCAAAAGCCGAGAAGCAUUUCUUUGAGAGUUUUUUCCAAAGCAGCAGCAACAAAGAUAAGAACGAUGAUGACGACGACAACGACGAUGAAGAUGACGACUUAUUCUCUGCUCUGAGACUGAGCACUGACGGUACGUACGCAUCCGCUAUCUUCACCUGUGAGAUGAAUGUUCUCAGCGAAGAUGCUCUCACCGAAAUCCUGCACGUGGACAAACACGUGAGGAAGAUGACCGUGAAAUACGAUGGACGGGAAUUUUCCUACAGCGAUGUUUGUGCUCGAGUGAAUGAGUCCUGUCAAGAGAACAUCCUUCUCAAGGUUUUGGACUAUAAUGCCAUCAACAUCCACAGGUUCAACCUGACUUUUCCUGUCUAUCACGAUAACACGUUCGGCGCUGUUCGUCUAGAACAUUCAGUCGGACAUGUAGAAGUGGAUGGGGACGGAUUUGUUCAGAGCGCCAAGGCUGUGAGACUUACUUACUACCUACGGCAAACUAAUAACGUGCUGGAGAACGCUUGGUUGGAUGACUUUGUAAAUUUGCUGAGCAACAAGUCAACAUAUCUGACGCAGGUAUCCUAUUUCACAUCCAUAUCAAGGCAACAAGAAUUCGAGAAGAGCACCGAGUCCGUCACAAUGCUGUUUUCCAUCACCUACUUUAUCGCCAUUGCGUUUUCAGUGCUGUCGUGUAUAAGGCUCGACAACGUGAGGAAUAAGGUUUGGGUUGCUUCUCUCGGCGUAAUCUCAACCGGACUAGCCGUGCUUUCUGGCUUUGGCUUACUCUUGCUAAUGGAUGUCCCAUUCGUCAUAACCGUGGCAUCUUCUCCAUUUCUGGUACUCGGGAUCGGCAUUGAUGAUAUGUUUAUCAUGAUCUCCUGCUGGCAGCAAACCAACGUCCAAGACAGUGUUGAAGAUCGUAUGGCUGCGACCUACAGAGAAGCAGCCAUUUCGAUCACGAUCACCACCUUGACUGAUGUUGUGGCCUUUUGCCUCAGUUACAGCAACCCCUUCGGUUCUGUACGGUCGUUCUGUUUAUAUGCUGGGACGGCCAUUUUGUUCUGCUACCUCUUUAACAUCACGUUCUUUGGCGCCUGCUUGGCACUUAAUGGCAAAAGAGAGGAAAGCAAUCGGCACUGGAUGACGUGCUUAAAAGUUCCAGAAGAAAGACUGCCUGGAUCUUCCAAAGCUUAUGUUGCCUGCUGUGUCGGGGGAACCUACAACCACGAAACCGGAAACGAAGAUGAACACUUGAUGAAAUUGUUCUUCAGGAAGUACUACGGACCUUUUUUGACCACAGGUUUUGCCAAAGCAACAGCGGUUCUCCUUUACGUCGGCUAUAUUGCCACCAGUAUCUACGGAUGCACUACAAUCAAAGAAGGGAUUGACCUGAAGAACCUGGCGGUGGAUCAAUCGUACGUGGUCGAAUACUAUGAAGCUGAAAAGACUCACUUUGGCGAGUACGGUCCGAUCGUCAUGCUGGCAGUCAACACUACCUUUCCAUAUUGGGACGAAGUAAAACGAGCUCAACUGGAAUCUUGCAUUUUAAAAUUCCUAGGCCUUCCUUUUGUUGAGAAUUUGAGCACCUCUUGGCUUCAUUCUUUUGAGAGUUAUGCCAAAGAAAAGCACCUCAACAUCAAGUCCAAAGUUGAAUUUAUGGAACACCUGCACCAUUUUCUACAAGGUCAACCGAUGCUCCGAUUGGACGUCAACAUGACCGACGACGCUAUACAAGCCUCACGCUUAUUUCUUCAAACGGUUGAUGUUCCAUCUGAAAAGAUCCUGCUAGAAACUUUAAGAAAACUUGCCCAAACUUGCCAGUUUCCUUUAGUGGUCUACCAUCCUGCUUUUAUAUAUUAUGAUCAAUAUACUGUGAUUGCAAGCAGCACUAUUCAGACCGUUAGCGUAGCUACUGCGGUGAUGCUCGUCAUCUCGUUUCUUCUCAUCCCAAGUCCGGUUUGUGCUUUAUGGGUCACUUUUGCCAUCGGAUCAGUCAUUGUAGGAGUCGCAGGCUUCAUGGGGUUGCUGGGUAUCAACUUGGACUCCAUUUCAAUGAUCAACCUGGUCAUUAGUAUCGGGUUCUCUGUGGAUUUCUCAGCUCAUAUCUCUUACACGUUCGUAUCCAGCGCUAAGCCUAGUGUGAACGAUAAAGCUGUGGAGGCGCUGUCACAUCUGGGUUAUCCCAUACUACAGGGGGCGCUUUCUACCAUUCUCGGGGUAGCGGUGCUCUCUGCGUCGGUAAGCUACAUCUUCAGAACCUUCUUCACCAUCAUGUUUCUGGUCAUUUCGUUGGGUUUGCUUCACGGCAUCGCCUUCAUCCCUGUGUUUUUAACCUUUUCUGGCUUUUGUGUGAAGUUUUAA